GUAGAGUCAUCAUUCCAAAGCAAGCGAGAGACCAGGUUUUGGAGCUGCUGCAUACCACGCAUCCCGGGAUCGUCCGCAUGAAGGCGCUUGCCAGAAGCACAGUUUGGUGGCCGGGUAUCGACCAAGAUAUUGAAAGGAAGGUCCGAACCUGCCUGCCCUGCCAGGAGACAAGGCCGCAACCUGCACGUGCAAGACUGCAUCCGUGGGAAUUUGCCAGAAACCCAUGGUCCCGAAUCCACAUCGAUUUUGCAGGACCCUUCCAAGGAAAGGUUUUUCUUCUGGUGGUGGAUGCGCAUUCGAAAUGGCUGGAAGUCAUCCAGAUAGCAUCCAUGUCGUCAGCAGCAGUGUGUCAAAGGCUGCGAGUGCUGUUCGCAACACACGGUGUUCCCGACACUAUAGUCUCGGACAAUGGGACAGCGUUCGUCUCACAAGAAUUUGAAGAAUUUUUGCAGAGAAACCAGAUCCGGCACGUUAAGGUGGCGCCAUAUCAUCCAUCGUCAAAUGGCCAAGUGGAGCGCAUGGUCCAAGAAACUAAACAAGUCCUCAGGCGCAUGGAAGGAGGCGACAUGGCCACCAAGUUGGCCCGAUUUCUUUUGAGUCAGCAUAUUCUCCCGCACUCAACGACCGGAAAGAGUCCGGCGGAAUUGUUGAUGGGUCGGAGACUCCGUACUGCACUGGACCGGCUUCACCCAGACCUACAAGCAGAGAUGGUGGACAAGCAAGAGGAACAAGCGCUGCGGGGAAGACAAGGUGUACGCGAAUUCGAGCCGCGAGAACCAGUCUUCAUCCGCAAUUAUUUAGCAGGCCCCAAGUGGCUACCCGGUAUCAUCACUGAGAUCACCGGUCCGGUGUCUUACAAGGUUCGCACCAUCGACGGUCGUUUCUGGAAGCGGCACGUGGACCAAAUCCGGAGACGGGAGUGGAGCACAUACCUGGACGAGGAGGAGCCUACGACAGAGCUGUCACCUCAGCAGCUCUCCUUACCAAGCGAGCCAUCGCUUAGGAAUGAAUCGGUGGAAGAGUGCCCACCAUCUACGAGUCAAGCGGACUUCCCUGAGGAGUCAACCCCAGUGGCAACACCUCCAGCUUCCCCACAACGUUCACCUGCUUCACCCCAUGAACCGAGGCACCAAACAGUGUUGCCAACUUCAGCGCCUGCGCAAGAACAGUCAAAUCGUCCCCAGCGACAACGGCGACGUCCCGACUACCUAAAGGACUAUGUGACCUAG